AUGGGUCAAGCAGCAUCUGUUGAAUCUGAAAGGUGGCGAGCACCACAGCGAGCUCGAGCAAACACAUUGAAGUCGCGUACCCCACCUGCAACUAUUCACAAAGGGACACGACUGAGUCUCCCCGAAUAUACCUUGACACAGUACGAUGUGAAACAGUUGAUGAAGUCAUUUCGCGAAGCCAUGGAACAAGGUGAUACACGCACCACCAGUUCAGCUGAGAGCGAAGCCGAAGACGAGCUAAUGGACCAGAUUCAUGGUCAGUUCGCACCGCAAUGUACACGACUGAUGCUUCAAUCGACGACGUCCAACACUUCUGAAGACUCUGGUAUUGAAGAAAAUGGAAACUCGCCUCUACUGUCUCUGGACGAUUUGCCAUCAUUACCAUCGUUUUUGAGAUCAGUCAGUGAGGACACACCACUUGGGUGCACGCCGGAAACACCUAUGGCAAUUCCGAUACUUUCAUUUACACCUCCAGCUGAACGAAUCGACUUGGACGAGUAUAUUCGUCCACCACAGAAGCGACGACGUUUCAUUCCGAAGCGCCUUUUCAGGAAGAAGAAAAUCGCAAAGCAACAGCGCUCAAAAUCUGUCGGAGCCUACGAGGAUAGCCGUAUAAAAGGUUUGUGGUUUCGCGUCGAUCCUCCAAAUGUGCCUAAAUAG